GGGAAAAAAAAAAAAAAAAAAAAAAAAAAAAAAAAAAAAAAAAAAAAAAAAAAAAAAAAAAAAAAAAAAAAAAAAAAAAAAAAAAAAAAAAAAAAAAAAAAAAAAAAAAAAAAAAAAAAAAAAAAAAAUCAAAAAAAUGAUUACAUAUCCCACAUAGCUACCAUACUUAGAGAGAUUGGAAUGAAGAUUACUCAGCAAAACGAAGAAUUGAUGAUCUAUCCUACAAACAUCUUAUCCACCCACAUGAAGGAGGAUGAAAAUGGACUAUAAGUCAUGGUCAGAAAUUAGG